AUGCAUCUGCAAGGUGCGGAACGAGAGGCGCGGGACGGGGGAAAGGAGGCAAGCGGUGAGGGGAGAGAGGACCGGGAGCCGCGGUUCCGUGGGGGGGGUGGAAGGGGGGAUGUAGGUUCGGGAAUGGGAGGCCUGAGGGGGAGGUUCGGUAGGGAGGAGAGGGGCGGCGACGGGAAUUGGGGUGGUGGGAGGGGGAGAUUUGGAAGGGAGGGCAGGGGUGACGGCGGAUUUAGAGGCGGAAGAGGGGGGCGGUGGGGGAGGGACGGAAGCGGAAGGGGGGCUGGCGAGCGGGGGAUGGGGAGGAGCAGGGGGGCUGAUUGGGCGGAGCGAGGGGGGAGGGAUGAAGGCGACGUGAGAGGUGGGAGGGAUGAGCGGGUGGUCGGAAGGGAGGAAGAGAGGGAGGAGAGGGAGGAAAGAAGGGACGAGAGAAGGGAGGAGAGGAGGGAGGAGAAAAGGGAAGAGAGAACGGAGGAGCGGGAUCCUGGGGAUGGUAACACUGGAAGGGAGAAGCGAGGAGAGGGGGCGUGUGGAGAGGAGGGGAGUGGAGAGGAGGGGGAGUGUGGAGAGGAGGGGAGUGUGGAGAGGAGGGGGAGUGUGGAGAGGAGGGGGAGUGUGGAGAGGAGGGGGAGUGUGGAGAGGAGGGGGAGUGUGGAGAGGAGGGGGAGUGUGGAGAGGAGGGGGAGUGUGGAGAGGAGGGGGAGUGUGGAGAGGAGGGGGAGUGUGGAGAGGAGGGGGAGUGUGGAGAGGAGGGGGAGUGUGGAGAGGAGGGGGAGUGUGGAGAGGAGGGGGAGUGUGGAGAGGAGGGGGAGUGUGGAGAGGAGGGGGAGUGUGGAGAGGAGGGGGAGUGUGGAGAGGAGGGGGAGUGUGGAGAGGAGGGGGAGUGUGGAGAGGAGGGGGAGUGUGGAGAGCUGGGGAAGCAGAGAGAGGACGGGGAGCAUGGAGAGAGCAGGGAGCAGGGAGCGGGAGAGAGAGAGGGAGAAAGAGAGGGAGGGCCGACCAUACCCACACCACUGGCAGAAGGACUCUCCCUCGCACAGCCACAAUCACAGUCACAGUCAGAGCAAGGGGGAUUCUGACGGGCGUGACAAUAGCGAGCGGAGAGUGAGGAGCUUCCAGGCUGGUCGAAGCCCGCUGGGUGUGGAAAUGAGUGCAGCUAGAGGUGCUUCGUUACAAGACAACUCGAUAGAAAAGGACGCUUCUUCUAGAGACAAGUCGCGAGAAAGAGGCUCUUAUUCGAAGGACGGCUCACGCGAGAGGGGAAGGGAGUUCAACGGAAGCCGUUUCGGAUCAGAGGCAAGAGUACGUCCGAGCUUUGGGGAUCUAGAGGAAGGGGAAGAGGAGAUGGGGUGGGAUGGGGCGGAGAGGGAGGAGGGCGAGAACAGGGAAAGGGGGUACGAGGGGUUUGAGGACCAGGGGAUGAGGGAGGAGAAGGUGGAGAGGGGUGACGUGGGGGUUGGAAGGGAAAGAGAUGCGGUUGGGAGUGGUGAUGAUCGUAAUGGUGAGGAGGAGGAGGACGGGGAGAUGGGUGGUGGGGCAUGGGGGGAGAAAGAGGGGAUGGCGUUGGGGGGAGAGGAGGGGGAGAUAGGUGGUGGGGCAUGGGGGGAGAAAGAGGGGAUGGCGUUGGGGGGAGAGGAGGGGGAGAUGGGUGGUGGGGCAUGGGGGGAGAAAGAGGGGAUGGCGUUGGGGGGAGAGGAGGGGGAGAUUGAGGAAGGGGAGUUUGAUGGAGGUGGGGUGAGGGAGCCUGGGGGGGGAGGUGGCUUCACGGAGCGUGAUAGUAAGGAGCGGGAGCGUGGUAGGAACGAGCGUGAUAGGGACGAGCGUGAUAGUAAGGAGCGUGAUAAUGCGGAGAGGAACUGGAUGGAUGAUUUGAACGAGUUGGAAGAGGAGCAAGGGGCGCAGGAGAGGGCUGGUGUGAUAGAAACCGGGGUUGAGAAUGGGGAGGCGAUGGGGAGAAGAGGUUACGGGGUAGAGACGAAGGGGGAGGCGGGCAGGGGAGAAGGGGAGCGAGUGAGAGAGAGGGAGAGGGAGGAGGAUAAGGAGGAGGAAGGAGAGGAGGAGGAGAGGGUGGAUUGGGGGGAGGGAGAGAGCGAAGACGAGGAGGAGCAAGGUUUUUGGGACAAUGAGCGGGAGGGGGAGGGAGAGGAGGGGUUUAGAGAUUCUGGAAGGAUAGGAGGAUCGGGAGGGGUGGAGAGACGGGAAUCGGAAAGUGUUAGGGACGAAAUGAGGAGGGGAAGAGAUGGCGAGGAAGGGGAGGAGAUUGCUGCGAGUGCAGAUGCAAGGGUACGAAAGACCGCAGCAGGGGAAGCAGGCGGGGAUGGAAGGUAUGAUGAAGGGAAGGGCACCGAGAGGAAUGGAGACAGAGUCAUUGACAGAGAGAGAGGCAGGGAUUGGGACAUGGACAGAGAUAGGGACAGGGACAGAGGCAGUGACAGAGACAGAGGCAGUGACAGAGACAGAGGCAGUGAUAGAGACAGAGGCAGGGAAUUACUCACUGCGAGUAGAGCAGGAGGAGAGAGGGGUCCGGAUGCCGAUGGUUCGGCUUAUGAGGCGCGUCAGAACUCGAGUGGAGCAGGAGGAGAGAGAGGGCAGGGUCAUGACAGUGCAAGCGGGAAAGAGGAGACGCAGAGGGCGGACUUCGAACAGCCAGGCUUUACACCUGCAGGCCAGGGGGAACUCCCAACACAAGACUCGAAAGAAGAAGUUUCUCUUGAGAAGGGAGGACGGGAGGUCAUUGCAGGUGUGGCUGCGCAACAGAGAUCUGCAGAGGCUGGGAGGAGGAAGAGCGGGAGCAGUAGCAGCAGUAGCAGUGAAGAAUCAUCGGAGCUUUCUUUGUCUGCGUCUGAUCUGAGUGAUAGCGAGGCGAGUGAGGAGGGGGAGGAGACGUGGAGGAGAGGCAGGGCUGUGGAGAGGCGUGAGGGGAGAGGUGAGGGGAGGGAUGACGGGAACGACAAGGGUGCUGGUGAAAGGGGUGGUGGGACAGGAAUGGGUGUACGGCAGGGCUCCAGAGGAGUUUUAAAGGAGUUGGAGCGAGAGGAGGGAGAGGAGGGUGGAAAAAGAGGGAACAGAGAGGAGAGAGAGAGGAGAGAGGGUAGAGAGGGGAGAGAGGAGGUAGAGGAGAGACGGAAGGGAGAGGCAGGGGAAGUGAGAGAGGAGGCCGAGAGGGUUGGUGCAAGGGCGGAUGGGGGCAUGGGCGUUAGGAGAGGCUCAAGAGGGGAUCUGAGGGAGGGGGAAGGAGGAGAGGGAGGAGAGGGAGGAAGGAGAAAAGAGGUAGGGAAGAUAGGGGAGGAAGAGGAGGGUGAAAGGUGUGGUUUGCGAGGGGAAAGCAUGGGUGUGAGACCGGGGGCACGAGGGGAUUCGCAGCGAUUGGAACGGGAAGAGGAGGAGCGGCGUGAGGGGCAGGGGAGCGGAGGAAGGGAGGGAGGGAGGGAAAGGAGAGAAGUGCACAGGGGGGACGGGGAGAAGGAGAGAGGAGAGAGGGAAAAGGUGAGGGAGAGUGAGAGGGAGAGGGAGAAGGGGAGGGAGAAGGAGAAGGUGAAGGAGAGGGAGAAGGAGAAGGAGAGGGAGAGGGGGGGAGAGAAGGAGAGGGAGAGGGGGGGAGAGAAGGAGAGGUGGCAUGAGAGGGGUAGAGAAAAUGAGAGGAGGCGUGACAAGGAGGGGGGGAGGGAGAAGGGGCAUGAGAAGGAAAGAGAAAGGGAGGAGAGAGAUGAUAAGGGGGAUGAGUUGAGGAGGCGGGAGAGGGAAAGGAGGGAGAAGGAUGGAGGGAAAGGAGGGGAGAGGAGGGAGGAGAGGGAAAGCGGAAAAGGCCACGAGAAGGAAAGGGAGCGAGAAAAAGAAAGGUUGAAGGAGAAGGAGAAAGAGAGGGAGAGAGAGGGACCAAAAGGGGAAGCAAAAGAAAGGAGAGACAGAGAGAGAGAAGUAAGGGGACGUAGUAGUGAUAAGGAAAAGGCGUCAAUGGUUGGAGGUGAGGAGACAAGGGAUCGUGGGGACGGGCGUGGGAAGGAACGCGAAAGUAGGCACAAGGAUGGGCACAAGGAUGGGGAGAAGGAAACAGAUAGGCAUGGUCGUGACAAGGCAGGUGGUAGGAAGAGGGAGAGAGAGGAUGAGGGGGAGGAGGGGAGGGAGAAAGGGAGGCAUAAGGAUGGGCAUCGAGAGAGUGGGCGGGAUGGUCGUGAGGGGAAGAGGGAGGAGGAGAAGGGACGGAAGAGGAAGGAGGAGAAGGAUAGGGAUAGGGGAGAGCAUGGGAGGGAAGGGAGAGAGAAGGAGGAGAGGAGGGUUAAAGAAGAUCGAGGAAAGGAAGAGAAAGGGAGGGAAGAGGGGGAGCGAGAUGAGAGAGGGAGGAGGGGGUUGGUUAGGGAUGAGAGAGGAGAAGAGAGAGGGAGGGAAGCGAAGAGGAGGGAGGGGAGAGUGAGAAGGGAUGGUUCAGAGGAGGAUCAUGGUGGGUCAGAGGGGGUGGAAGGGAGGGGACAGAAGGAGGGGAGAGGGGAUGAGAGGGGCAGUGGGGAUGGGAGGGGAAGUGGGGACGGGAGGGGCAGGGGCGGCAGCAGCGAGUUUCAAAAGCCUUCCUUUCGAAAGGCAGGAGAACAGGAGAGGAGAGGGGAGGAGAAGCGAGGAGAGGACACAGGAGAUGAGGAUGAGCGGAGGGACGAGGAUGGGGAGAUGCGAAGAGGGGGGCCUGUGGGUGGGAGAGGCAGGAGCUUUUUGAGAGAUCAAGGGGGGGAUGGGAGGCCUGAUGAGGAGUGGACAGAGGGCAGGACUAGUGAGGGGAGGGCCAGUGAGGGGUGGAAGGGGGAUGGAACAAGCAGGCCCGGGGAUGGGCGGAAAGGGGAUGAGGCCCGGAGACCUGGGGAAGAGAGGCAAGGGGAUGGAAAGUGGAGGACUGGUGAGGAGUGGCAAGGGGAAGGAGCGUGGAGGGCUGGGGACGGGGCUAUGAUGGGGAGAGGGCGAGGCAGGGACUGGGGCGUGGGGAGGGGCGGGAUGGGCAGGGGAAUGGGGAGGGGGGGUGUGAACGACAUGGGGAGGGGAAUGGGGAGGGGGGGUAUGAACGACAUGGGAAGGGGAAUGGGGAGAGGCAUGGGUAGGGAUGGGGGUAUGGGUAGGGAUGGGGGUAUGGGUAGGGGAGGCUUGGGUGGGGACAUGGGUAGGGGCACGGGUAGGGGCAUGGGGAGAGGUAUGGAAAGAGGUAUGGGGUAUGAUGGAGGGAGGGAGGGGGGGGAUGCGCGGAGUAAGGAAGAGAAGCCAGGAGCAGCAGCAGUAGCAGGGUUAUUGAGCAAGGGGAAUAGAAGUGCGGUAGAGGAGGAGUUGGAAGCGAGGAAGAGAGAGAGGAUGAGGCUGAUUGCUGAGCUGGCGCGGAAAGAGAGGGAGGUGGGGGAGGGAGGGGCGGAGUGGGAAGAGGGGAGAGAGGAGGAUGGGGAGGGCGAAGGGGGGAAGAAAAGAGGGAGGAGGGAGGGAGGGGAAGGAGAGGAAGAGGGGGAGGAGGAAGGGGACGAAAGGAAGAGGGUAAGGGGAAGUGUGAAGAGGAGCAGGUGGGGUGAUGGAGAGAUGGAGGAGAUAGAGGAGGAGGUCGAAGGUAAGGGGAGGGGGGAUGAAAGGAGAAUGGGGAGAGCUGAGGGGGGAGAGGAGGAGAUGAGUGGUGGAGAGGGAGAGAAGGAAGGGUGGAGAGAGGAAGGUGAGGUGGGGGAUAUGGCAGCAGGGCAUGGGGAGGAGGAAGGGGGGAAUGAGGAGGAGGGAAGGGAGCGAACGGAGGGAGUGGGUGGGUCGAAAUGGGGUAGUCGAUGGUUGGAUGAGGAAGAGGAAGAGGAGGGAGCUGGAGAGGGAGCAGGAGAGAGAGCAGAUGAGGAGGGUAGAGCUAGGGUUAAUACCCCAGAUGAGGAGGGUAGAACAAGGGAUAGUACCCCAGAUGAGGAGGGUAGAAGAAGGGAUAAUACCCCUGGUGAUGGGGGUGGAAGGAGAGACACGGGGGGUGAUACUGAUAUGGAGGAGGGGGAGGGGGAGGGGGAUGAGGAGGGGAAGGGGAAGGGGAAGGGAAAAGCACCUGAGCUGCUGCUGGGACAUCCAUCCACGUCUGGUCCCUCAACCAUCCACGUCUGGUCCCUCGGAUGCAUCAUGGCAAAGGCUCUCAUUCCUCUUCCCAUACCCCCCACUCACCCACCCCCUUCUUUUUUCUCCCAUCACCUAUCACCACCAACCUCCAGAGCACCUGAGCUGCUGCUGGGACAGAAGCAGUACUCCACAGCAAUCGACGUGUGGUCCAUGGGAUGCAUCAGCACCGGAGCUGCUGCUGGGGCAGAAACAGUAUUCCACAGCCAUCGACGUGUGGUCCAUGGGAUGCAUCAUGGCUGA